CCGCCUGCCCUUGCUCUGUGACACGUACAAUGGAAUGUCACAGCACCAGGCUGAGCUGUUCAGUGCGUGCUAGACCUCGAGAAGAGUUAGAAGCUAGGGAGCAGCUCUCCCACUUUCACUCUCUUUUCUCAGAUCAGGCAGGCAGCAGCUCUGAUAUGGAAGCUAUGGACACCACACCUCCUUCCUGGGCCGUCACUGUCCAUUCUGCCCCCGUUUUCCCCAGCCCCCCAUUUACGGCUUCGGCUGCCAUUGGUCAUUCAGCAGGCGGCACCUCUGACCCCGAAGCUAUGGACACCACACCUCCUUCCCGGGCCGUCACUGUCUAUUCUGCCCCCGUUUUCCCCAGCCCCCCAUUUACGGCUUCAGCUGCCAUUGGUCAUUCAGCAGGCAGCACCUCUGACCCCGAAGCUAUGGACACCACACCUCCUUCCCGGGCCGUCACUGUCCAUUCUGCCCCCGUUUUCCCCAGCCCCGCAUUUACAGCUUCGGCUGCCAUUGGUCAUUCAGCAGGCGGCACCUCUGACCCCGAAGCGAUGGACACCACACCUCCUUCCUGGGCCGUCACUGUCCAUUCUGCCCCCGUUUUCCCCAGCCCCCCAUUUACGGCUUCGGCUGCCAUUGGUCAUUCAGCAGGCGGCACCUCUGACCCCGAAGCGAUGGACACCACACCUCCUUCCCGGGCCGUCAUUGUCCAGUCUGCCCCGUCUCCAAGUAGAACCACUACCCAUUUCACACCGCUGUUCCAAGUUCUGGGAACACACCACCCAGUGGUAGCAAUGCCUCAGCCCGUGCCUCGACUCAGUUACCUGAAACGCCGGCCAAAAGAUAGACCAACCUUUCAAAGUUAUGACAGAAAGCUGAAACAGGAAAGAGAUGCAUCUAUCACACGGUUACUCAAGGUUUCUCUACUUGCAUUGCCAAGGAUCUUCAUAAGACUGGUAAUACUCACAUUUUCUGUUGGAAGGAGAAUCUUGGUACCAGGACCGCAGAAUGAAGAACUUGGAGUCCCCGUGGCUAAUCCAGCGGAGGGAAAAGGAGAAACACAGACGGGAGAGAAAAUAAAGGGAACCCUUGGUGCUGCUGCAGGCCCAAGUCCAGACUCGCAGGCUUUCUGGACCUCUGAGGAACAGAAGCACUUCACAGAACCUCUGCUACAGAACCAAACAUAUUGAAAUGACUCUUUACGAAGAUAUUGAAACAACAGAAAAAGAAGACAUGACGAUUGUUUCUCCUGAGGGUUCAGUUACCUAGGGGGCCUUUAGCAAACUUUGAUUGAUACAUCUAACCCUUCCUUCCUUGGCAAUAGUUGAUCACACUGUGAGGAAAACAAAUUAGAGAAUGGAAAAAAUAAUAUUUGGAUUUCAACGAAAUAAUAAAAAUGCAGGGAGUAUCUUUGACUUUUGCAAGGUGAGAAGAGAGUUUACAUUUUGAUUAUUUGAUGGCAGGAAUCCCUUUUAAAACAGGGCCAGUCUGCAUGAUGCAUUGAAAAAUCAACCUUUUCAAAUAUAGCCAUAACCCCCACAAGAUUUCUUGAUUCCUCUGGGGUCAGAUAAACCAUCACAUUUCACAGUGGUGCCCUGUACAUGAAAGUGAUAAACAUAAUCUGGAAGCACAGCAGUGGCUAAAAAUAUGGAGCUGGCAGCCAUUCGCUGAAAUGAUUUUUUGCUUUUAAUUCAUUGCAUAAAAUGCUCAUGUCCAAAUUCAGGCAGGUAGAUCUUACCAACCAUCAAGAGCUUCAACCCUGCUAACAGUUAAGUAUGCACUUUUAAACCCUACUUUGACUGCUCCAGAAACUUACUGGGUUUCUUCAGUGCCUCUGUUACUAUUUCCUUUGUGUCAUUUUGUUUUUCUUUCAAAACAUAGCUGUGUGACCUUGGGGAAGUUAUAUUAUUUCCUUGAGACUUGGUUGCCUUCUCUGUGAAUAUCUGGGUAUAAUUUUAGUAUUGCCCAAUAGAAUUUUCAGUGAUAAUGAAAAUAUUCUACAUCUGUACCGUGCAAUGCAGUACUCAAUAGCUACAUGGAGCUAAUAAACAUCUUUGAAAUAUGGCAAAUGCAACUGAGGAACUGAAUUUUUAAUCUUAUUUUUAAAUUUGUUUAAAUAUAAAUAAUGCCACGUGGCUAGCAUCUGUUGACAGUACAGAUCUACACAAUAUUUUAAGGACACUUUCCACUCAAAAACUCUACCAUUCAUUAACUCAGCCUAAAUAUUUUUGCCCUCUGACAAACAGAAAAUAAUUUAUGCUUCCCUUGAAAUUAUUUGUCAAGACCUUUAUCAGUUUGGGGUCAUUCUAUUCUUAAAAUUGACUUUGCUUUAUGAAACUUUAAUAAUGUUGGAGUUUCCUGCCCUUGGUACCACCUUUGUGAUGAUGGGAAAUAUUGUGGAUGAUCAAGGACCAUUUCAAGAGAUCAUGGAGAGAAACCUCCUCCUGGAUUUAAUUUCAUGAUGAGGAUGUCAAAAUGCUGAAUUACUUAAAAUAAAACCCAUACCGUUUUUAUGCUAAGUUAUAUUCUACAUGUAGCUGGAAAAAUGUUAAAAAUAUUUUUAAAGAACUGCACAUCUAUUUUUGAAGCUGAUUUGGCUGUUCAAGGCUUGCUAGCACUUCAUCCAUCUCAGUACUAUUUCACUUCGUAAACAAAUGCAGUUGCCAUAAUUGCUGCAUAUGUGUCUGUGUGUGUUCCCUUCUAGGUGAUAUGUUUUUGAAGUUGGAAACUAUACUUAUAUCACAGCCCCUAUGUAGAGCACAAUAUCCAUUGCUAAUUCAGAUUGUGUUUUAAGAUAUGAGACAGAAUUUAAGACUUUUAUUAUAGUCAUAAACAUCUAGCAAACCAACCAGAAAAUAAAAGCUAAUUUUCAAUUGGUUGGCCAAGAACAAAAAAGAGAGGAAUACCUAGUGCAAAACCGUAUCUCUAAUAACUACUGUUGGAUUUAGAGCACACACAUGCUAAUAAACUUAUUUUAAAAUAACUUCUUAUCAAAGAUUUGAGGUUGGACCUGAAAAAUUAUAUCAGAAGUGAAAGUAAUCAUGUGGUCUGACCAGCCUGGAUCACACAAAGUAAGUGUAUACUAUAUAUAAAAUAGAUAAAACUACGAGGUCCUACUGUAUAGCGCAGGCAACUAUAUUCAGUACCUUGUAAUAACCUAUAAUGGAAAAGGAUCUGAAAAAGAAAUACAUAUAUCUGAAUCACUUGGCUGUACACCUGAAACAACAUUGUCAAUCAACUAUACUUCAAGUAAAACAAAACAAAACAAAGUAAGUGUAAAGGGAAGUAUAGUUUUAUAAAUUCACCUCUGAUAUCCAAUGGACCAACUGAAAGACAACAGAAACUACCACUUUCUAGGAGACAGGACACGGCCAGCAAACUAGGCCGUUACCCUCGGUAACGGUCAUACCUGCCAAAAAAUAGACAGACUAGCCUGCAUUCAUGAAUACAUAGGAAUUCUUCAUUUAUCUGGCAUUAUCAGGCAAUGAGGUAUUGUAUGUUAGGAGAAGUUUUUUUUAAAUGACGAAUUUAAGAGGAGUUAUUUUAACCUUCACUCGGUAAUUUUUUUCUAAAAUUAAGAAAUGUAUCCACUGGUGUAUCUAAUAUUUCCUUGAUAACUCGGGGUCAUCAGUUCAAUCAACAUUUGCAUGAAUAAUGCGAAUGGAAGCAAGACAGGCAUGCUUACUGAAACUGAAAAUGACAUAGCACUGGCUGGAAUAACUGAUGAGACAGCAAGAAAAAAACAAAAAUGAAAACAAACCGUGCUCAA